GAAACAACUUCUAUUUCUUACCAGAAUGAUCGAUCAAGCAAUGAAUUUUUAUCAAACCCACACAUACAUGAAGGCUUUCUUAUGGAGGAUCCCUGCGCAACCAAAGUCAAUGCUGACAAUUUGGGAUCACAAUCAGACAAUGAUUUGCCUAUGGCAAACAAUAAUGAAGGCUACACCAAUCAGUCCGAAUAUAACUCCGGGAUCGAGCAAACAAACACUGAUUUGGAUAUGGAGCCACAAUCCAACAAGAAUUUCGAUACAUCGGAUGUCCCACCUCAAUCUCCUGAAGAUAUAUUGGUUGGUGAUGGAGUUCAGCACAACUGGAAACAAUACCGGGAGGUAUUUGGCCAGUUGGGCAUCCAUGAUGUGGUUGAUGGUUUUGUCGAGGACUCCAUUGAAAGAACGACAUUUAAAACCCCGGUGCUUGGUGAUGACCCCAUGGAUGUCUUGAUUACCCCACUCCCAUCAGAAGAGCCUAAUAAGCCUGAUACACAUCAAGGAAAUCCCAUUUAUGACACUGCCAACAAAGAUUCCCUUUGUUUGAAUACCCCUUCUGCUCUCGAGGGUAACGAAUACAAUCCAUCUUGCUCCAAGGUUAAGCACAUUGAUUAUGAUCCCAGUUUCGAUAAAAGUGACAACCUAACUGCCAUCAAAUCUCCAAUGGCUGCUGACAUUAUUCAACCUCUUACAACGAAGCUUCAAAAACAAUUUGAGGAAACAUUGGCUACUGUCCCUGUGUCUGAAUAUGUUAUAGAUACACGUGUUGAACCAAUGGAUGAAGAUAAUCCACUGAAGCCUUUGGUAUUUGCUGAAGAUGUCACAAUAAAGGAAACAUUGGUUAGUGUUAUUGCAUCUCAGAAAAUGAUUGAUACACCUAUGCAACAAAUCUCUGAAGAUAAUCCACUGCAGGGUAAACUCUUCUUAAGGGAAAACAUUGAUGGACAAAACAUUGUGGAUAAUCAGGAUAAUAACUCGCAACUGUCUAACACAUCUGACCCUAUAGAAGAGGAUUUAGUUGAUGUUUCAGAUUCAUCACCAGCACGAUCGAGAGAAAAACCUAUUCUUUCGGAAGCUGAGUCUUUUCUUGUAGCUGAGUUUUUAUCAAAACCAAAAAUGGAGGCAUACCAACUUUUACCACUCCUAAAAAAGGCAGAUUAUGCCCAUUUUUUGGACACCCUUUCAUCAGCUCCUAAUACGGAACAUGUUACGGAUUCUGGAUUCCUAUUUCCCAACUCAUUCCUCCUCAAGCUUGCAAAACCUCAAAAUUGGGUUUCAACUCUGCACAUGGAGGUUUUAGUGGAGUUACUUUCUAGUAGGCUUGCAACAAGACUUGCCACACAGCGUGCUGCUUUUGUUGAACCAUGGUUUGCUAACCAUUUACAAGGAAAAUACAAAUCUUUCAAAGCAGCAAAAAUCAAAUCUCGCGUCCGCUGGUCCGAUCCCAUGAAACGCUUUAUCGUUGGCCCCACCACCGAGUGGUUCACAGACAUUGAUACCAUUUAUGUACCUAUGAUCUGGAAUUCUUCCCACUGGGUAGGCCUUUCAAUCAAUCUAGGAGUCUGGGAAGUUGAAAUUCUCGACCCAAAUACUGACCUCAAUCCGGAGGAAAAAGUUAAAGAAUUUAUCGAGCCUGUGGUUACCCUUUUGCCACACCUCAUCCAGAGAAUGUUAGAUCUGGUGACUGUGGCCCCGUUGCUAUGAAAUUUCUUGAGAUAAUGGCAAGUGAUAAACUCCCAGACCAAAU